AUGGAGGGCACUGUUAAGGCCCAUAAUAUGGCGGCGGACCAAGUUAACAGGCUGGCGGCCCGCGUUGCUGAAGUGGAGCUGGCGUUGGAGGACACCGCCAACCGCUCCCGCAGGAACAACUUGCGGCUGAGAGGCUUGCCAGAGAGGGAGGGAGAGGGGCCCCUCCAGGACAUGGUGCUCCAGAUCCUGCGCCUUCUGUUGCCAGAUCUGCCUGAGGAGAAGUGGCAGUUGGAGAGGGUACACCGUGCGCUCCACGCCAGGAGCAUGGUCCCCAACGCACCGAGAGACAUCAUUAUUAAGUUUCUGCACUUCCCCAUGAAGGAGGCGCUAAUGGUGCAGAGUAGGAAGUCAAGGAUCCAGUACCAGGGUACAGAUGUUCCAGGAUUUGGGGGGGGAAGGGUUCAGACCCUCUCUCCCGGGGGGGAUCCCCGGAGCUUCCUGGAGGCCCUGGGAGUGACACCGCCAAGGGAGCUGCCCAAGACUACUGAUGCCUACGGAGUGGCAAAUGGCGGGAGGUGGACUGUGAGGAGUCCCCCGGAGGGGAAGGACCCUGGUCUCGAGGAGCUGGAAACGUGA